GGGCGUGAGAAUAUCACAUUUUAUGCAUUGAGGAAAACACUCAUAUGAAAUAUCGCUGCAAACGGAGUUGACAAUUAAUUAUUCAUACGUAUACACAAAACAGCAGAAACGCGCCCUUCGUAUUGUUUUACAAGCGUAAAUAUCAUUUUCUCUCUUUUUUUUUGUCGCAGCGAAUGAGAAGCGAGCUCGCCAAUUAGCAGGACUGUUUCAGAAAUUGCGCGAAAACGCGGUUACCUGUGAAUUUGCUCCGCGAAUUAUAAAACGUUUCAACGGGGCCGCGAGGUGGCCAAGACAUACGGUAAUUGUUCGCAUAAUUAAUUCUGUUGCGACUCACGCUGAAGUACGACAUUCUGAAUGGUAGAAAUAUCGUGUGGUAGGCCAGUUCAAACGCACGCACGCGGCCCCGCAAAACGAUUUCGGACCGAUUAACUGGCGGAUUCGCGCUCGCCCCGCAUUGUCUACAGUCUACACGAUGAGCGUGAGCUAGAAAUGUCGGAUUAACGGUGCGCGCGCGGCCGACGUAUUGUUAGUUUCGCUAUACACUAUCGUGUUUGCUUGAUUUCCACUGGCCCAUGUAACAUCCAUAGAAAUCCAAUACCGGCCAUAAUGUGAAAACGCGUAGUAAACACAUGUAGCGUGAACCUGCGAGUGGCAGCAAAACUGAUUUGCAAGUACAACUAUGAAUUAACGCAAUGCUUUUAUCAUAAGAUGUAAAAGAAUUGAAGAAAGUAAUGGAAGUUUCUAUGAGAACUCGAGAGCUCUUUCAGAGAAGAUCGAUUGUCCGUGCAAGAGAAAAAAGUACCUGAUCGGAAAGAAUAUUUCUCGCCGUUGCGUAUAGAAAAUCCGUAGAUCAUGAUAUUGCGGAAACAGCCAUAAUCUCCAAUAAUUAAGUUUCACGUAUAAACGACGAGUUUGGCAUGUGGCCCAACACGCCAAUUACUGAAAUGGACACCCGAUUGAUUGAUCGAAAUACGCGGAUAUGUGUGUCGACAUUGUUCUCGGUCAGCUCAGCAAUCUAUGUGAGCCGCUCGAAGGGUGUUUGGAUUGCGAAUUCUAUCGAGUUCAAGAUGUCCGAGAGAUGACUGGGUAUUGAGGAGGAGAGGGCGCAGUAGCUUUGAAGGUUGCUGCCGCCUCGGUUUGGUGGAAUGGAGAUGAACGGCACCGAAAGCAGCCUGAACGGCACCGAGGUCAAUCGCACUUCCGCGCCGAUCUUCACCAUCGGCACCGACUUCAUCACGCAAUGGAAGCUGAAGAGACAACGGGAACGCCUGUGUCGAUUCGUGUAUAACCAGAUUUUGACAGCAGAAUGUACCCAGCUAAAUGGAACAUGGCCUGACCCGGACGAUCCGCGCUGGAACAGCGGUGAAUACGCGGAACUUCUGCCCGACUGGUUCCCGACAAACGCGACGAAUACCUCGACUUUCGGAAACGCAACGACCUCGCCGACAUCGGAUGAAUCUCUGGCGCCCGUUUUGCCACCAUUUACGCUCUGGCAGACCGUACUGAUUGCUAUCUGUCUGGCGAUAUGUAUACUGCUAACUAUCGGCGGUAACAUCCUCGUUCUUCUGGCAUUCAUCGUAGAUAGAGCCAUCAGGCAACCGAGCAACUAUUUCAUCGCAUCAUUAGCUGCCACUGAUAUGCUUAUCGGCACCGUGUCGAUGCCGUUCUACACAGUCUACGUGUUAAUGGGAUAUUGGAAUCUGGGACCUCUCCUCUGCGAUCUAUGGCUGUCAGUGGACUAUACGGUAUGCCUUGUGUCCCAGUACACUGUUCUCCUGAUCACGAUUGAUCGCUUCUGCUCGGUGAAGAUAGCCGCGCAGUAUCGCAGUUGGCGGACGAAGCAGCGCGUAAUCUGGAUGGUAACCAUCACCUGGAUCAUACCGGCGCUACUGUUUUUCAUCAGCAUCUUCGGCUGGGAGCAUUUCAUCGGUUACCGAGACCUAAAUCCGGGCCAGUGCGCCGUACAGUUCCUCAAGGAUCCGGUAUUCAAUACCGCGCUGAUAAUAGGGUAUUAUUGGACGACGUUGAUCGUUCUGUUCAUCCUCUACGGCGGCAUAUACAAAACCGCCUAUGACAUGCAGAAGAAAAGCGAGGCCAAGCAGCGCAAGAUGCAAUCGAUGGUCGCGCUGAGCGCCGGCGCGAUGUCCGGUAUGGCCGGUCGCGCCGCCGGUAUAGGUAUUUCUAAAACACAGAGCACUUUGCUGAGUCAGGACAAACCGAAGAUCGGGGCCACGUCGAUGGACGACAGUGUCAUCGGCGUGGACGCGAUGACUGCGCAUAAAACGGUCACGAAGACCACCGACGGCGCGACGGCGCCGGAUUCCGCAGGCAAGAACGUUUCGAAUAUUACGGUGAUGGAAACUGAGAAGUCCGAACGCUCCAGCAGUCCCGCUUUCGACUCCGACGAGGAGAGCACCACUGGCGGUACCGGGCAGCAGGUCAGUAUCAGAAAGCGAUCCUCGCUGGCGGGUCUGGUAGCCCAGUCCGGCGCUCUUCAGGUCUUCGCCACCAACGGACGCCUGAACGGCAUCGUGCCGAUCAAGGUCGAGCUGAGUGUGCCAACGGCGAGGAAACUAUUGCCGACGAGUCCUACGCGCGACACGCCGACGCAGAAAGCUCAAACACUGCCGAAGAUACAGGAGCUCAGUCUUCUGGACACCGACAAUCCCGCCGAGCCCGACAAGUCCAGCAGCCGGACGUUGACGCCGGAGCAGUCCUUGAAAUCGAACGACGCCGAUGGCAAUCAACAGUCGAUUGCCUCGGUCGAGGCGACGCCGCCCGCUCAACUCAAGCGAACGUCGAUCAGUAACAGUCAACAGAACAUCAUACCGCCGCCUAUGCAGUUCCAAAGCAGCCCGCCGGUGUCGGAGAGUCCAACGAUGUCUUCGCCGACCGACAGGCCCAGAUCGUUGAUCGUACGCUCCCACGGUCACGGCACUUACGACAUCCUCACCGGUCUGGACGGCGGUGAUUUGCGGUACAUGGACGAGAGCUCCAUCAUCUUGCCCAGCCCUUCAUACGAGAGUCCACCGUCUUCCUUCUCCUGCAGCCUGGCGAAUCCGUUGUCGACGGCACCCCCGUCGCCCAUUCAUGGCGGUACCAUGACGGCCGGCGCGAGUACCAGCCUGUUGCAAGCCACUCUCAUCAGGGCGACGGCGCAGCAAGCUUCACCAAAAUCGCAUCAGCUCGCCCAAAUCGCACAGAGCAAACAGCAUCAGCAUCAUCCACCUGCGAUGUCUAACGCAUCUAGUCAAACGCACCCGCCGCGCGUGUUCAUCACACACCAGACGAACGUCGCGUCGCAGACGUCGCCCACCGUCAGCAAGGUGCAAACUGCGGUCUCCGUUAACGCCGAUAAGUCGAAGCGCCAACCGGUAACGACGGUGGUCACGACGACUGUGUCUAUGCCAUUAGAAUCGUCUAAUAGCACGACGGAUCGAUUCUCGGAUCAGCCCACCAAGGCGAGCAGUAAUCCGCCGCACAACUCGUCAUCCAGCAGCAUAAUGCCGACGGCCACGAACAGCCAAGAGGCGAAGAGCCAGUCGAAGAAGAAGAAGGAAACGUCGGACGCGGAGGAGAGCGGCUCCAGACGCGACUUCGUCAAGUCUAUCGGGAAACGAUUGAAGGCCAAAACGCAGAAGAAGGACCUCACGGUAGGCCGGCAAAAGUCACGAACGGAGAACAGGGCGCGCAAGGCCUUUCGCACGAUAUCAUUCAUCCUGGGGGCGUUCGUCGCUUGCUGGACACCUUAUCACGUAUUAGCACUGGUAGAGGGAUUCUGCGCGAAUCCACCGUGCACGAACGAGCAUCUCUUCAUGUUCUCAUACUUUCUGUGCUACGCCAACAGUCCCAUGAAUCCCUUCUGCUACGCUCUAGCGAAUCAACAGUUCAAGAAGACCUUCACCAGGAUACUGAGGGGUGAUUUGCAUAUGACGUAGAGUAUCUGCGAAUCGCUCGAACGGAAUACUCGUUUUGAUAAUGUAGCUAACGUAAGCGACAACGGACAGUUUCUUUUUUUCCUUUUCUUGCGGAGAAGAUGGCCUUCCAUAUUUAAUACCGAAUUACACUCACUUGUCGUAACUGUGGUGAACUCGGACAAUAAUAAAAUGAGAAUAAUAUUUUAAGACUCGCCGGCGAAGUCAGGUGUUACGCGCCUUUUGUACAUAUAAUACGCACUCGAGCCGAUCGAAAGUCAUUAUACUGGUAUAUGUACAUACGCUGUACACAUGUGUGAAUAUUUGUUAACGUUUAUGUGACCAGGACGCGCGCGUAUAACAGGUGUAUGUACGUGUAGUCUUAGGCAAUUAUAUGUGUACCACAAUAAUAAAUACUUUGCUGAACCGGAGAUGUAUUCCUAAUAACUUGCGGUUCACGGUCCGUACUAUAGCGAGAGCUACAGCUAUUGUGAAAUUUGACGCUGCGUGGAGAACGCGCGCGCGCGCGCGCGUUAUGGUUAAAGUAGCAAUUAAGUAAUUUAAUAUAGUAAGGCAGUUAACGUAAACCGAACGAGGAAACAUCGUUCAUCACGAAAGACGAAAAGUGAAAAUAUUAAAUAAUAUGUAAGACAUUGGUAUCCGGCUGCAUUAUAAAACAUCUCAGUCGCUCUGUGAAUAAAGGGCUGACUGUAUUAUAAAAUACGCAGUCGUUUCGAAUAAAGGACCGUCUCCUCUUGUUGUACGCAGUAA